GCGCUUCCUCUGUAACUUGAUAGUUGUCCUCAAUACGUGCAACGCAGUUCGGGGGAAUCGACGCGCACACCCUCUGGCUGCUGCUGCGCGCGCGCGCGCGCGUGUGCGUGUGUGUGUUUGUGAGGUGCCACAUCGAAACGGAAUCAAAUAAAUCCCGGAAGAGGAGCACCAUGCUGCUGAUCCUGCUGCAGCUGCUGGUUCUCGUGUCGUGUGAUCCUCGACGUUGUGACCCGAGCUUUCGAGGACAGUGCAAGACAAAAGUGGAAAAAAAACCAAAAUGCACGGAUGUGUCUCUGUCCUACUGCGACGACAUGGCCUACACUCAGACCAUGUUCCCCAACAUCCUCGGCCACAAGACCCGCAAAGACGCCGAGGCCGGCGCCGAGUACCUCCUCAUGAGCGUGGUGCACUCUCUGCUCGGGGGACAGUGCAACCCGGAGAUCCGCAUGCUGGGCUGCUCCGUGCUGGCCCCGCGCUGCGAGCAGGAGAAGGUGCUGAAGCCCUGCCGCACCACCUGCGAGGCGGUGCGUAAAAGGUGUAGUCACGCUUUCGAGGGCAUAGAGAUGGCGUGGCCCUACUUCCUGGACUGCGACCGCUUCUUUGUCGGGGAUCAAGAGGGAUGUUACGACCCGCUGGAGGGCCUCAGAGCGGAGCAGGAUGGAGAGGCUGUCGACAGCAUGGAGUCUCUCCCCCCCGAGGAGCCCGCCACGGCGAUGCAGUUCACCUACCACACCGACGCUCAGAUGAACAGCAUCCUGAGGAGAACCGAGGAACAGUGCUCCGACAUCGCCAGAACCUACAGCAUCGGCCGCAGCACGGAGGGCAGGGAGCUGCUCGUCAUCGAGUUCUCAGACAACCCCGGCCAACGUGAGACGCUCGAGCCGCAGAUGAAAUACGUCGGCAACAUCCACGGAAAUGAAGUCCUGGGCCGCCAGCUGCUGGUCUACUUGGCUCAGUACCUGUGCUCCGAGUAUCAGCUGGGGAACCAGCGCAUCCAGACCCUCGUCAACACCACCGGCAUCCAUCUCCUGCCCUCCAUGAACCCCGACGGGUACGAGUUGGCGGUUUCUGGACUCCAGGACAAUAACUACGGUGAUGAUGAGGAGGAGGAGGAGGGUCCCAGAUACAAUUCUGGGAACGUCGGUCGAAACAACGCUCAGAACAUCGACCUGAACCGAAACUUCCCCGAUUUGACGUCGGUCGCCUACAGCCGACGGAGACGGAGCCGCCAUCGCACCGACCACAUCCCAAUCCCAGACUAUUACUGGUUUGGUAAGGUCGCACCGGAGACUUACGCCGUCAUGAAAUGGAUCCGCUCCAUCCCGUUCGUGCUCUCUGCUAACUUCCAUGCGGGCGACCUGGUGGUGUCCUACCCCUACGACCUGUCCAAACACCCGCUGGAGCGCAACAUGUUCUCCCCGACUCCGGACGACGCGGUAUUCAAGCUCCUUGCAGGAACAUAUGCAAACGCCCAUCAGACAAUGUCCAAUGAAAAUGCCCGAUGUGGACCGUCUCGUACGAGCAGCCAGAAAGGAACUGUUAACGGAGCGCAGUGGUCCAGCAUUACAGGCGGCAUGCAAGACUUCAACUACCUUCACACCAACUGUUUUGAGGUGACCGUGGAGCUGGGUUGUAAUAAAUUCCCCGCCGAAGAGGAAUUGUUUACCGACUGGGAAGCAAACCACGAGGCUUUAAUCGCAUUCAUGGAAGCGGCCCACGGAGGUAUCAAAGGGAUCGUUACAGAUGAGGAGGGGAACGCCGUCAACGGUGCACGAAUAUCAGUCCGAGGAAUACGGCAUGACAUCACCACAGCUGAAUACGGAGAGUACUGGCGCCUCCUCUCCCCCGGCGUUCACAUCGUGACCGCCUCGGCCGCGGGCUUCUCCAGAAGGGUGAAGAAGGUCCAUCUGCCUCGUCACAUGCUCACGGCGGGCCGGGUGGACUUCGUGUUGGAGAUUGAUGCUCUCGACACGCAACAGGUGGACGACACCGUGCUGUCAACGGGCACCUACCAGCGCUUUGACCCGUACAACCAUUACGAGCACUACACGAGGAUGACGGAUUUGAGCCUCGACCCAGAGGAGAGGGCAGAGAAGCCCUGGUGGUGGAACUACUUCGUCCUGCUGGGAAACCCCGCACCAACAUGGCUGCUCAAACACUAUUAGAGGAGAUUAUCUAUUUCUAUAGUAGACACACACACACCAAGCUAUUGUGCAAUGAAUGUGCUGCUUUUUAAGUGCUCUGUUUGGUCCCAACAUUAUUUCACUUAAUACAAGAAUGUAAAACACAGUUAUAACGAUUUUACAGCAGAAAUAAAUCACUUUUGUAUCAAUUUAUUGUAUUAAAUCCCAAUGUGAGUCAUUA